GCACAAGCUUAUGAAUAUUACAAACAAGGCGGGUCUAAGCUACUUAUAUACAAGCUCCCGGUUGGGAUUUUUUCUUUCUUCGCAUCCGUCUUUGGUCUUCAUCCAGCCGCUGAACUUCAGGACGAACUGCAAUGUGUGACAAGCUUCCCUUCAAAGUCGCUGAUAUCAGCCUUGCAGAGUGGGGGCGUAAAGCAAUUGACAUUGCUGAAAAUGAGAUGCCAGGGCUGAUGAAGUUGAGAGCCGUUUAUGGGCCAACCCAGCCUCUAAAAGGAGCUCGGAUUGCUGGCUGCCUGCACAUGACCGUCCAGACAGCUGUGCUCAUUGAGACUCUCAAGGCCCUUGGAGCUGAGGUUCAGUGGUCUAGCUGUAACAUUUUCUCAACUCAGGAUCAUGCUGCUGCUGCCAUCGCCAAAACUGGUGUUCCAGUGUACGCUUGGAAAGGGGAAACAGAUGAGGAGUAUGUGUGGUGCAUCGAGCAGACGAUCUACUUCAAGGAGGGUCAACCUCUCAACAUGAUCCUGGAUGAUGGUGGAGAUCUAACCAACCUUGUUCACCAGAAAUAUCCUAAAUUGCUAUCAGGAAUUAAGGGUCUUUCUGAAGAGACCACUACUGGGGUUCACAAACUGUACAAGAUGCUCAAGAUGGGUGAACUCAAAAUCCCUGCUAUUAAUGUGAAUGAUUCCGUUACCAAGAGUAAAUUUGAUAAUCUGUAUGGGUGCCGUGAAUCCCUGAUUGAUGGAAUCAAACGGGCGACUGACGUAAUGAUUGCCGGUAAGGUGGCUGUGGUAGCUGGAUAUGGUGACGUUGGUAAAGGAUGUGUUCAGGCUCUUCGAGCCUUUGGUGCCAGAGUCAUAGUCACAGAAAUUGACCCCAUCAAUGCCCUACAGGCUGCAAUGGAAGGGUAUGAGGUGACUACAAUGGAUGAGGCCUGUAAGGAGGGAAACAUUUUUGUGACAACAACUGGCUGUGAAGAUAUAAUUUUGGGCAGGCACUUUGAGCAGAUGAAGGACGAUGCCAUUGUUUGCAACAUUGGCCAUUUUGAUUGUGAGAUUGACAUGAAAUGGCUCAAUGGAAAUGCUGCAGAGAAAAUCAACGUUAAACCUCAGGUUGACCGUUACUGCUUGAAGAAUGGGCGCCAUGUUAUUGUAUUGGCUGAAGGGCGACUUGUGAACCUGGGAUGUGCCAUGGGUCACCCCAGCUUUGUUAUGAGCAACUCCUUUUCCAAUCAAGUGCUUGCCCAGAUUGAGCUCUGGACCAAUAGUAGCAAAUACAAAUUAGGUGUGCAUUUCCUGCCAAAGAAGCUGGAUGAGGAGGUAGCUGCUGCCCACUUGGACAAACUUGGUGUUAGACUGACAAAACUAACAGAGAGUCAAGCCAAAUACCUGGGGCUACCUUGUGAGGGACCUUUCAAGCCAGACCACUAUCGCUACUGAGGAGCUUCUACCAAUUGGUCUUUGUUCAUGAUCAAAGUAGUUGGCAGUUCACAAGCACUAGCCUUUUCUGUGCCUGCGUUCCUAAUAAAAAGAUUAUUCGGGCUGUUCUAUGACAUAUCUUUCACCCUUAAGACAAACUCCAAAGUGAAAACAAUGGCUAUUUUUUUGGAAGUCAGACUUUUAAGCACUCUGUCGCUGCACAGUUACAGUAGUUUACUAGUUUAUUGUUACUAUGUUCCAAGUAUUAUUUUGAAAAUUGUGACUUUAAAAGUAAUGAGUAUACUCAGUGACAACAUGGAACAUUUGGCUAUCAUGUUUCAGAAAACCCUUUUUGACAAAUAAAGGACAUGCCUGUA